AUGAUUACCGAUGGUGACAACAAACGGCGGCCAGGUCGAUCGUCUGCCAAGCGCUGCUAUUUGCGUACACACAACGUUCCUCCAUUCGUUGACUUUCAUCCCCGAGGCCUGGCCUGUGGACUAUGGUGCGUGUCGCGGCUCCUGGCUUUUAUGAAGUAUCGCCAGCGAGUAGCAGGGCUAUGCGUCCAAACAACAUGUGUCGUUCGCCUAGCCUACGGACGACGACCGUGGUCCAGGGCAUACCGGAUUAUGAGCAGCGACGAACUGACGAAUUGGGCGCCCAAAGCCACCUGCGUCUCAACGCGUGACGCCUCAACGCCACCGGUUCGCUCUUAA